AUGAACGAUUCAAAUAGAAAUUAUCAGAAUCAAAACAUCAAUAUGAAUCCAAAUCAACCUUUGGACUAUGAUCAAUGGGUUAAUAGCUUGGGUAAUAUUCAAGAUGGUCUAUUCCAAAAUACUCCCUUAUCAAAUAGUAUAUUACAAAGUACAAUCAAUAAUAAUAUCAAUAACUAUGGUAAUCCAAUGAAUCCAAUGAAUCCAAAUGCUAAUCACAUCAAUUUUGGUGGUCCUAGUGGUACAAAUGGUUCUAGUGGUUCAUUUUCUGGUCCAACUGGUGCUAAUAAUAACAAUAACAACAAUGGGUUCAAUUUAUCUAUGGGUGAUUUAAAUUUAGAUUCUUUUUUCAAUUCACCUGAAAGAUUUUAUAGAGAUAUUAUUAAUGAAUCUCCUAUCGUUUCCAAAACUCCAAAUUUUGGAAGAACUCCAUUGAAAAAUUUAAAUAUAAAUUUUAGUACUCCAAAUUUUUUGAAAAAUAUUGAUAAUUCUCAAACAAGUACAACUCAAAAAAAUUUUACUCCAUUGAAAAAUCAAUUAUUUAAUUCAACUUCAUCAAAAAUUGAAUUAUUUGAAACUCCAAAAUUAAAUAAACAAAAUUCAACAACUUUAAAUUCUUCACCAACUACAAUUAAAAUUGGUUCCUCGGCAAUGAAACCUGAUGAAUCAAAUAAUGGUAAUGGAAAUAAUAAAUUAAUUCCACCUUCUCCAACUCCAAUUUCAAAAUUAAAUUCAAAUAAACAAAUUUCAAAUGUUAUUCCAUCUCCUUCAAUUCCAAAAAUGGGUUAUUUUAAGAAAACUCCUGAACCUAAACCAACAACUUCUAUAUCUUCUUCAAACAAUAAUAAAAAAUCAAAUAAUGGUCAAAAUAAAUUUCAAAUUAUAAUGACAGAUGUAAAUACAUUUGCAAAUAAUUCCAAGAAUCCAAAACCAAAAAAGAAAAAAUUACAAAGAAGUUCAACAACUGUAAAUACUUCAAAUAAUUCAGUUUCCAAAAAAAAUUCAUUAAAAAGAUCAUUGUCACAACCUCAGGGUAAACUAAUUAAAACUUUAACACCAACUCCAAAAAAUCCAUUAAAACCUACAUCAACAUCAACAAAUGAAUUUGAUGAUACUUCAAUUUCAUUUAUUGAAAAUACUUCAAUAAAUUCUUCAAUAAAUUCUUCAAUAAACUCAUCAAUAAAUUCUUCAUCAAAUAAUAAAAUUGAAAAUUUAUUUAAUGAUGAAAAAAUUUUAUCAGAUACAGAAAAAUUAUUAGAAAAUGAUAAAUAUUUUUAA